AUACCAAGGCCUACUCGAGCAUUUUGAUGUUAAAAGCUUUUGACAAAAUGGGUCUUGAUCCCGCCGACAUCCGACCUUGCAAUGACCAAAUACAGGGAUUCAACGAAAGCAUUUCCAGGCCUAUCGGCGAAAUCACGUUACCUGUCAGAUUUGGCACUUCAGAGAACGUUACUAAGCUCGUCAUGGAAACUUUUAAAGUUCUUGACAUCAACAACGAGUAUAAUGCCAUCAUCGGCAGAACAGCCUUGUACAAACUUCGAGCUGCGGUUUCGAUCUUUCACUACGCAUUGAAGUUCCCGACUACACGAGGAGAAGGGACGCACUUCGGAGACGAAAGAGAAGCUCGAGAACUUGUCACAUUUAUACCAUCCAACGGAAUCCAUUCCACUUCGGCGGGUAAUAAUGAAAAUUCCCCACUACAGAACACCUCGGACGACACCGCGCCCGAAGAACCCCCCUCGGAGUCCUUAACCGAAGACCGAGGUCGACGGCCUGGGAAGGAGCCACUCAUUGAAGAGGACGAAUUGGACCCAAGGGCCUUAUUUAAAGAAAAAAGCCGAGGUGAUCGAGCUGAACCUGGAGAAGACGUAGAAUUGAUCUAUAUUGAUGAACCAAUCUUCCAUAAAUCGUUGCGUAUCGGAAGCCAUCUUCAAGAGCCUCUCCGGUCAGAACUCAUCUCGUUUCUCAAACGUAACUCUGAUGUUUUCGCCUGGAAGCACGAGGAUAUGAAGGGUAUCGACCCUGGCGUGGCUAGCCACAAAUUGAACCUCGAGCGAACCAUCCGGCCUGUUGUUCAGAAGAGAAGGAAACUGGGGCCGGAUCGUCAGAAAGAACUGGAAGAGGAAGUUAAAAAGCUCAUCGACAACAAAUUCAUCAAAGAGGCCAAAUAUCCGACAUGGGUCUCAAACCCCGUUCUUGUCAAGAAGAGCAAUGGUCUGUGGAGAUUGUGUAUUGAUUUUUCCGACUUGAAUAAGGCGUGCCCAAAGGACAGCUACCCGCUCCCCCACAUAGAUUAUAUGGUUGAUGCCACGUCGGGACACGAGUUGAUGAGUUUCAUGGAUGCUUACUCCGGCUACAAUCAGAUUCCUAUGGAUCCUAAAGAUUCCGAACACACCUCGUUCUAUUCGGCCCGAGGCUUGUACUGCUAUACUAUGAUGCCAUUCGGAUUAAAGAACACCGGAGCCACUUAUCAGCGCCUCGUCAACAAAAUGUUCGCUACGCUGAUCGGUCAUACUAUGGAAGUUUAUGUCGACGACAUGCUCGUCAAGUCGGUGCACGCUUCUGAUCAUAUAACACAUCUUCAAGACAUGUUUGCUAUCCCCCGAUCUUAUUCCAUGGUCUUAAAUCCCAAAAAGUGUACUUUCGGAGUCGAAUCUGGAAAAUUUCUUGGCUAUAUGGUCAGCCAGCGCGAAAUUGAAGCCAAUACGGCUAAAAUUAAAGCCAUUCAGGAUUUAACUCCCCCGAUCUCGGUUAAAGGUGUUCAGGCCCUAACCGGCCGACUUGCCGCGCUCAACCGGUUCAUCUCCAAGUCAACAGAUCGUUGCAAGCCUUUUUUUGAAGCAAUCAAGAAAGGAAAACGUUUUGAAUGGACCGAGGAAUGCCAAAAAGAUCUCGUCAGCAUCAAGGAGACGCUCGCUUCUCCGCCGACGUUACAAAAACCGAGACCCGAGGAAAUGCUAUUUUUAUACCUCGGAGUCAGUGAUUCCGCCAUUAGCGCUGUUUUGAUACGAGAAGAGGGACUGUUACAAUCGCCUAUCUAUUAUGUCAGCAAAGCCUUGCAUGAUGCUGAGUUACGUUAUCCUCCGAUGGAAAAAUUGGCGUUCGCGCUUGUUAUUGCUGCUCGGAAACUGCGACCCUAUUUUCAAGAACAUUCCAUAACUGUCCGCACUUCGUAUCCACUUCGACAAAUUUUGCACCGACCUGACACCUCGAGACGCAUGAUAAAAUGGGCCAUUGAGCUCGGACAAUUCGACAUCCAUUAUCAACCGAGGACCGCGAUCAAGGCUCAAGCUUUAUCCGACUUUAUCGCCGAAUUUACUCCGGCUAUAACAGUUCAUCAUGAUAAUCAGCCGUGGGUUCUCUAUAUUGAUGGUUCCUCAACCGCCAACCGAGCAGGCGCAGGGAUAGUUUUAGCUGACCCGGAAAAUCGAUUAUUCUGCCACUCG